UUAAACCACUCCGGCUCCCCUCCUCCAUCCCGUCUCUCCCGCUUCCACAGACCGAGUUUCAAAAUACAUAUCCCGAGCCUUGCCUAAUAGACACCAUCGAAUCCAAUCACCCUUCCAAAUACACCAGUCAACCAACAGCCAACAUGCCUCUUUCCGGUCACUGCCUCUGCAAGGCCGUCACCUACACGGUCGACAUGGACGCACCUAUCAUCACCGGCUACGACCACUGCGAUGACUGCCAGCGCCAGUCUGGCUCGACCUACUCCCUCGUAUGCGUCGUCCUCAAGGACAAACUCACCGUGAACGGCCCGGUCAAGAAGUGGGAAGGCAAGGGCUCCUCGGGCCAGUCCGUUUGGCGCUGGUUCUGCGAGGAGUGCGGCUCGCCCAUCGCCCACGACCCGGACGCCGCGCCCCCCAUCAUCGCCCUCAAGGGCGGCACCCUCGACUCCGAGAUCAAGAAGACCCUGAAGCCGGACACCGAGAUCUGGACCGCCGGCAAGCUGCCUUUCUGCCAGGAGCACCUGGAGAAGCCUUUCACCCACAUGCCGGAGUAAACGAGUUGGUGCUAAGGGGCCGGGGGUGGAGAGGGCCCGGGAUCGGUGGGCAGGCUGUGUGUAGAUGGUUUAGCUAGGAGAGCUAGCCACGGCAUCAGAAUGUCUUGGGAGGAGUGGUUAUCGGUCACAUGCGUGCAUACAAGGCCCCGCAUCAGGAAGCUAGCUAGCCAUCAUAUGAAGAAGAAAUAAAUAAACGUAAUUCUACAACAAACGAGCUGGUCGGGGCAAGUUGAAAAGCUCAUUCUUGAAGAGACGGGCG